ACACACACACACACACACACACUUAUGUCCCACCCCCCAACGGUCAUCGGAAGAUACAUGAACGGAGAAGAUUUGAAGUCACGUUCACAACCGAGAGAGAAAGAGGGGGGGAUACGGUAGACGGGUAGAAUGGAGAGACGACAACUGUAAAAGAAAGUAGGCUACUUGGCAGAUCAAACUGGACAACAGACAGGUGUAACUGUUUUCAGGAUGACUGGUUACUUACAGUUUGCAAGAGUCUAACCAUUGUGAGAUGGUCAUGUAAAAGAAAAGACAAACCUCACAUUACUGUCACCACUGUAACCUGUGUGAAGUUUAACUCGAACUGGUCAGAUGGCUGGGACACAAGCUGCUGUGCUUCCAUCCUUCAGCUCCUUCUCAAACUUUGUUCACUCUGAGGACAAUAUGAAGGAGUGGAAAUUUGAGGAUGGCGCUCUCAGUCUGGACUCUCAAACCAAGAGGACGUCACCUGGCAACACCAGUGACCAGCAGCCAGUUCUUCCUCACCUGGACGAUGAAAGUGAAACCUCAUGGGACAUGGAGUUCUUGUUGUCUGACUGGAGCAGCCCGUCACCUGACCUGAACCCCUCUCUGGACUACAACACUCAGCAUCUUCUUCAACCGGACCAAACUGGACUCGACCAUGAUGGAGGAGGGGUGUUGACGGACCAAAUAAGUCCAGACAGGCUUCAUACAGGCAGCAGUAGCCUGAUGGUUGAGCUGCUCACCCCCUUAGAGACCAUUGGUUCAGGCAUACCAGAACUUUACAACCAACAGGUUCGGUCAUCAUCAUCAUUAUCAUCAUUCCCCAUUCAACCAAACGUGGACCAGUAUGGUUUCAACCCCGGAAGCAACCAGGAGGGACAUGGCAGAGAUAGAGCCACUGCUGUCCUCACUAAGUCCAAAUCAUGGGACUUUGGAAUGGGACACUACUACCCCCAACAACACACUUCCAUGGUGACGUUUCAAGAUGGCAGAUUCCUCCAAGCCCCUGUCUCCAUGACAACCUCUAUGACCUCUGAAUUUCGAACCCACCACUACAGCUUCCUCCAAAACUACCCCCACCACCUGGGUCUAUACCGCAGCCAGAGGGACUACAACCUCCAUGGCCACCACCACCAACAAGCCUCCUCCAACCACUUCCCCUACUCCCAGCACCAGCAGCCCCACCUAGCUAUCACCUCCUCAGGGGUUCCCCAUGGUGGCUUGGAGGGGAAGAACGGCCGCAGGACUGUGGCGAAGAAGAGAGCUGCUCUACACAGCUGUGAAUACUCAGGUUGUAGUAAGACCUAUACCAAGAGCUCCCACCUCAAGGCUCACCUCCGCACACACACAGGUAAGAAAACAUCAAUUAAAAUACAUUACAUGGGUAAGAAUGCAUCAAUUAUAAUACAUUACACAGAUAAGAAUACAGAGAUUAGAAUACAUUACACAGAUAAGAAUACAGAGAUUAGAAUACAUUACACAGAUAAGAAUACAGAGAUUAGAAUACAUUACACAGAUAAGAAUACAGAGAUUAGAAUACAUUACACAGAUAAGAAUACAGAGAUUAGAAUACAUUACACAGAUAAGAAUACAGAGAUUAGAAUACAUUACACAGAUAAGAAUACAGAGAUUAGAAUACAUUACACAGAUAAGAAUACAGAGAUUAGAAUACAUUACACAGAUAAGAAUACAGAGAUUAGAAUACAUUACACAGAUAAGAAUACAGAGAUUAGAAUACAUUACACAGAUGAGAUUAGAAUACAUUACACAGGUAAGAAUAAAGAGAUUAGAAUACAUUACACAGGUAAGAAUAAAGAGAUUAGAAUACAUUACACAGGUAAGAAUACAGAAAUUAGAAUACAUUACACAGAUAAGAAUACAGAGAUUAGAAUACAUUACACAGAUAAGAAUACAGAGAUUAGAAUACAUUACACAGGUGAGAUUAGAAUACAUUACACAGAUAAGAAUACAGAGAUUAGAAUACAUUACACAGGUGAGAUUAGAAUACAUUACACAGGUAAGAAUACAGAGAUUAGAAUACAUUACACAGAUAAGAAUACAGAGAUUAGAAUACAUUACGCAGAUAAGAAUACAGAGAUUAGAAUACAUUACACAGAUAAGAAUACAGAGAUUAGAAUACAUUACACAGGUGAGAUUAGAAUACAUUACACAGGUAAGAAUACAGAGAUUAGAAUACAUUACACAGGUAAGAAUAAAGAGAUUAGAAUACAUUACACAGGUAAUAAUAAAGAGAUUACAUUACACAGGUGAGAUUAGAAUAUAUUACACAGGUAAUAAUAAAGAGAUUACAUUACACAGGUAAGAAUACAGAGAUUAGAACACAUUACACAGGUAAGAAUACAGAUAUAAGAAUACAUUACUCAGAUAUUGAGGCAUUAAUGCAUAUUCUAGGGAUUAGAAUACAUUAUGGAUAAUAGGCAGAACUGCAUGAUGGACAAUUUCAUAUGGAUGAAUAAUGAUUCAUGGUUUUCAGUAGUAAUGGCUAUUGAAUAGAAAAAGUUUAAACGAUCCUUGGGAAGUCCCAACUCUGAUGUCAACCCAUUGAAGUU